GCAGUGGGACUGACCCACACCCCCUGUAAGACAUGCAGAGUUAUGUGGAACACCAGGAGAAGCAGUGAACUUGUGCCCACCUGGUGCCUUGCUCUGCGCCCAGGCAAGGUGAUGGACAGCAGAGCAGAGAUGGAGGUUGUGAGAAGCACGAAGGGAAAUGCCACUGGGGAGGUCAGUGUCCAUGUGGUGACCACUGAGAGCACUGUGCAGAGCACCCACCUGCCAACAACUGCCUUCAUCAUACCAGCCAAUGCUGCCACCAUCAACCUUCCCACAAGCACCUUGGAAAUUCAGCGCUUCCCCCGGGACCCACAGAGGAGCACAGGGGCUGAGAGGCCAGAGAGGGCAGCAGGGAGUGAGCCCAUCACAGCCACUGUCAUCCCCCAGAUCAGUGGGGUGCAGGCCUGCAGCACAGUCCGUGUGCUGGAGUGGAAGGACGGAGUGGCCACUCUCCCUGGGAGUAACCUGCGGUUUCGAAUCAAUGAGUACGGGACACUGAAGGUGGUGAGUGCUGACAAGAUGCCUCCAGUGGAAGCUAUAAAGGAAGGUCACACAGAGAAAGAUGGGGACUCAGAGGUGACACCUGCCAGCAGGGACAAUCCUACUGUGGCUCAGGAUGUGCCAGAGCAGACCAAGCUGCCCCCAGCAGAAAGCACAGUGUGCCACUGUGACACCUGCGGCCGCAGACACGUGUCGGAUGGAGGCCGCGAGGGGAGAGGCUUCUGCAGCGAGCACUGCCACCAGCAGUUCAAGGAGAGGUCUGUCAUUGUGGAGAACUCUGCCAGCAGCACCACCGCUGCUGAAAUCCUCAAGCCAGUGAAGAAGCGGAAGCGGAAGGAUUACCAGAGCCCUUCAGAGGAAGAAUAUGAAUCUGAGCAGAUGGAGGAAAAGCAGGAAGAGAGGAAAAGCUCCACAGGAGACUCUGCCACCAGCACCGUGGAGGCUGAAGGGUGGAACGGCAGCCAGCACGGUGCCAGUGAGGAGAAGAAAGAAGGCUGGUCUUGGGCGUCGUACCUGGAGGAGCAGAAAGCUGUGGCUGCCCCUUUAGAUCUCUUCCAGGAUUACCAAGUAGCCUCCCAGCACAAGAAUGGCUUUAAGGUGGGGAUGAAGCUGGAGGGGAUCGACCCGCAGCACCCGUCGAUGUACUUCAUCCUGACUGUGGCUGAGGUGUGUGGGUACCGCAUGCGCCUCCACUUCGACGGCUACUCUGAGUGCCACGACUUCUGGCUGAAUGCUGACUCCCCUGACAUCCACCCUGCUGGCUGGUUUGAGGAGACAGGGCACAAACUCCAGCCCCCAAAAGGGGUUGUAGGUUUUAAGGAGGAAGAAUUCAGCUGGACAAACUACCUGAAGAUAACAAAGGCUCAGGCAGCUCCCAAGCACCUCUUCAUGAUCCGAAACAUUCACGAGGCUUCCCCAGGCUUUGAGGUGGGCAUGAAGCUGGAGGCCGUGGACCGCAUGAACCCUUCCCUCAUCUGCGUUGCCACAGUGACUGACGUGGUGGACAAUCGCUUUUUGGUGCACUUUGACAACUGGGAUGAUACUUAUGACUAUUGGUGUGAGCCCAGCAGCCCGUACAUCCACCCGGUCGGAUGGUGUCAGGAGCACGGCAAACCCCUCACACCUCCUCAAGAUUAUCCUGACCCCGACAACUUCACCUGGGAAAAGUACUUAAAGGAAACUGGAGCAUCUGCUGUCCCAGCUUGGGCCUUCAAAGUGCGCCCUCCCCAUGGCUUCCUGGUCAACAUGAAGCUGGAAGCAGUGGACAGGAGGACUCCUUCCUUCAUCCGAGUGGCCAGUGUGGAGGAUGUGGAAGACCACAGGAUAAAGAUCCAUUUUGAUGGCUGGAGCCACGUCUAUGAUUUCUGGAUUGAUGUGGAUCAUCCAGACAUCCACCCCAUAGGCUGGUGCUCAAAAACUGGACACCCUCUGCAGCCUCCUCUCAGGCCAAAGGAACCAGCCUCCUCUGCCCAUGGGGGCUGCCCAACCUUGGGCUGCAAGAGUGUCCCUCACACCAAGAGCUCCAAGUACAGCUUUCACCACAGGAAGUGCCCCACGCCGGGCUGCGAUGGGUCGGGACACGUGACGGGCAGGUUCACGGCGCACUACUGCCUGUCGGGGUGCCCGCUGGCGGAGAAGAACCAGGGCAGGCUGAAGGCAGAGCUGUCGGACAGCGAGGCCUCGGCCCGCAAGAGGAGCCUCAUUGGCUUCCCGCAGCGGAAGAAGUCUCGGCACCACGGCAGAGGGCGACCUCCCAAGUACCGGAAGAUCCAGCAGGAAGACUUCCAGGCCAUUGCUUCGGACACCGUGCACCCGUCGCUGUUCAUGUCGGCGCUCUCCGCACACCCCGACCGCUCGCUCUCGCUCUGCUGGGAGCAGCACUGCAAGCUGCUGCCGGGGGUGGCUGGCAUCACGGCCAGCACGGUGGCCAAGUGGACCAUCGAUGAGGUCUUUAGCUUUGUUCAGACUCUGACGGGUUGUGAGGACCAAGCCAAGCUCUUCAAGGAUGAGAUGAUCGAUGGUGAGGCUUUCCUCUUGCUGACACAGGCUGACAUCGUCAAGAUCAUGAGUGUCAAGCUGGGCCCGGCACUCAAGAUCUACAAUGCCAUCCUCAUGUUCAAGAACGCUGAUGACACCUUGAAGUGACUGUUCUUGGCCCAACUGGGACCCUCCCUCAAGCACCGGUGCUGCCAAACUGUCUGGUCAGGACAGAGACUCCCCCAGCCAGCUGCAGCUCCUCAUGUCCUGCUCGUGUCCUCUCAGAUGCCACAUCUCUGCUGUCCCACCCGUCCAUCUCCCUCCCUUUCCCCUCCACUCCACGCUGCCCUUCUCCUCCAGCCCUCGUGGGUCUGGCCUGUCUCAGUGUGGCAGCUGCCCACGUGCUGCUGUGCCUGUGCUGCCUGCAGGCUGCUGAGGGGAGGGGGAGCAGUGUAGAGGGUGUAGCAGUGAGGGGCUGACGCCUCUACUCGAGUCACUCAGCUAAGGGAAGGGACUGACAGCCCCUGCACCUGCUUGCACCCGUUCAAAGGCUGCUCUUGGCUUUGCCCAGCAGCUGAGGGAGAUGUUGGGGGUUUCUCCCCUGGGUGCAUACCUCGGGGGGCUUGUGCUGACAUCAUUUCCAAGAGAUGCUCUCAAGGAGCUUCUGCUCACUUUGCCUUUCCUCUCUGAAUACUUUUGACUUGCCCUUUUAAGGCCAGAUGAUGGCUUUGCUUUGGCCCUUCAGCACUCUGGGAACUAGUGUCCCACCUCUCCCCCAUUCCAGGGAGCACCAUUUUCUGCCUGCUGCUCUGCCCACCAGCAGCACUGGGGCUUCCUCCCUCUCCAGGGUAACACAGCAGCCCCAAGGCCCCUCGGGGCCGGGGCAGGAGAGGUGCAGAACAAGCCCUAUUUCCUCUUGUGCUUCAGGCUGCCUUUGCCAGCACGUCUCUAGGAGACAGGGUGCUUGGUUAACUUCUUCCCUCUGCAGCCAUUAAAAGGUCCCCUGCAAAGGAGAGUCAGGCCCUCUUCAGUGUGAGUGUUGGGAGCAGAGGCAGCUGCCAAGGGCAAGAAGUAUCUGUUUCUCCUUAGGCAGGUCCAGGGCUCGCUUCUGAAGGUGUGCCUGAGUUGUCUGACUCCAUCCUCCAAGCUGCCUUCUCCUCCUUUUUGCCCCCACGAGGCCCCCAGAUUUUACAGAACAGCAUCUUCUGCCACCCAGGUAUUCCUUACUUGCAGAGCUAAAAGAAAUGCAGCAGUUAACUGGAGUGCUUUUCUGUCCUUUUAUUAGCACAGCACCUUUUUCACCAAGGCUGCAGGCACUUUGGCAGUGCUCAUGUGACACUGUCCCUUGCAGUGGAGGAGAGGCUGAGCAGGUCAGGAUUGCAGGGCCAGGAAAGCCAACGUGGCUGGGAGGCCGUGGCAGGGUCCCAGGCAGCCUGGGGCAGUGCCUGUGUCUCCUGGCAGUGCCCAUGCUGUGCUCUGUCCUCGCUGCUGUGGGAGCAGUGGUGUGGCAGUGCCCAGCUGCCCCAUGGGCCUUCCACAGCCUGUGGUGAGGUGAUCCAAGUCCCCUGGACAUUUCCCAGUCCCAACAAUGACGUAUCAGUAGCAAAACCAUCCCCCCUCCCUUUCCCAGUGCCCAAAGACAGGGAUGAAGGGACCUUAGCAAGUGCACCAGCACUGCCUUGGAAGCUGCUGUCACACCUGGGUCAAUCUGUUCUAGACUUCCCAUGGAAAUGUAGCAUUUUGACUCUUAACUGAAUAUUUGGGGUCACAUUUGACCUGCUCUUGAAACAUCAGCUGCUUGCUCUCUUCACACAGGACUUGCAAGUCCUCGUGUUUGUUUCUCAGUGCUUGGGUUUGAUUUCAGCAGCUCUGCCACUCCUUCCUGCCCUUCCAAUUCUUCAAGCACUGCAGUGUCAUCAGCUGGAGAGAGAGCAGGAGUGGGAUGGAACAGCCGUGUCCUUGGGGCCCACACUCACCCCCCAAAUCACCCCUGAGCUGCAGUGAAUGGUCCUGAAGCUGAUCCUUUCAGCUGGUGGGGAGUCUCUUUCAGGGCCACUGUGUGCUGGGGGAGGAGCCCAGGGACCCUCAUCUGCCAGGCUCCAUGCGACCAGGACCGAGCCCUUUGUGCUGGAGAGGCUGCCUGGCACACGAUGUGGCUGCUCAGCAUCCCAAAAGCAUCCUGUUGUCCUCAGCUCCCAGCCUUGGGAUGUCCCUCCUCCUGGGGGGAAGGGCCCGAGCACCAACCCUGGCUGCAGGCAAGAGGAGCUGAGAGUCAGAUGUGAAACUGGUGGUAAGGUUGGAGAGGCUGUGCCUGGCAGCACGGCCCCGGGCUGGGGGUGAGCUGGGGCUCACUCGGGCUGCCAGCUCUGAGCUCUGUGCAGGGAGCUGCCCUCAGAAGGGCCUGGCUGGAGGGGGAGGUGAGGGUCUGUCACACCCUGUGUGUGUGUGAGGGUCUGUCACACCCUGUGUGUCUGUGAGGGUCUGUCACACUCUGUGUGUGUGUGAG